GAUCUAACUGAAGUGGGAUGGAGAGGGAGGCAGACCAGCGGGGCUCCACGUUGCGGGGCGGAAAGGGAAGCCGGGCAGAGCACAGAGGGGCGGAAUCGUGGGGUAAAUUGUUGCCCCACACCACAGGAAAGGCUGUGGGGCAAGCGAGGUCUUUCUCGGCUCUCGCGUUGCGGGCUGCUUCUGCUGCUUAGAGAGCGCCGAGGGGGCUUUGGCCUCGCUCCUGGGACUGGGACUCCAGGUUGCCGUAGCAGCCUGGCGCGGAAGGCCUCCGCACUUGGCAGGGUUAAUCACGGCUCGCUUCUCCCUCUGACAGGGACUGGGAAGUGUCUCUGUGGAGGAUGGAAGGCAUUACUCACGGGCUCUUCUAAGGCUGGUGUUAUUAGACGGAACAGCAGAUUGAAAGCUCUGUGCGAAGUUGCAGGAGCCGCCGCAGCUUGUUGAUGUUGUGGAGUACUCUGAUAGAGGACAACAACAGAGCCCUGUGCCUGUGGUGGCCAAAGAGGGUCAUGUGCUUUUUCGUUACUGGCAGCUGGCUGUGUCUAUACAUGUCAGUUUUGCCAUUCUCAUAUCCAGUGUGGGAAAGGAGGUCCAAAGGAUGAUGAGUUAAUAGGCAAUAGCGGGGAAUACUUUAGGCCUAAUAUUACUGAUUACUGUGUCUACACCUCCAGUGAAUAAUAGGCCCAGUGCUGGAAACAUCAGUUCUGUUGCUUAACCUGGUAGUCCCAGGCUAGAGUAACCAUUAUGCUCUUGGUUAAAAUAGACCCACUUAUGUGAUGCAACCCACUAUGCCCUUCUGCCUUGGUCUCCUUUAAAGUUAUCUGCAGAACCCUUAUGUGGGGGAAAUAAUUUGAAAACUGGUAGCAGUAUGAUUACAAUAGAGGCAAACUGGAGGAGGAUAAAGUUGGAAAGCAAUUGAACAACAGACUUGUCAGGAGACUCUGGAUCGCAGAAGGAUGUGCUUGGUCACUAAAUAUUUAUUUGGUACAAAAAGAUGACUGACAACAGAGAUGAUUAGAAGAAACCAAAUUUUAGUUCAACAUUUUGGCUUUUACCUUCAUCAGAAACAGAUGGAUUUUUUUUAAAAAGGUGUGUGAGCACAGACAGCUCACAAGGUGGCAGUUAAGAGUUUAAGGAUCCUGGAUAGCAGGGCUGGGAAUGACUUUUUUCUGAGAUAUUGGAGAGCUGCUGCCAAUUGGAGUCAACCGUACUGACGAGAUGGAUCAAUGGUCUAACUCAAUACUCCAGGCAGAGUUGGGUCUCAGAGCUCUGACUCAGAAUCAUCUGCAGUCUCUGGAAAUGCAGUGGAUGUCAACAAUGAGAGCACAUCAGAGGGAUUUAUUUGUCCUCUUUGUAUGAAAUCCCAUGGAUCAGCUGAAGAACUUUUUAAACACUAUGAAGCAGUUCAUGACUCUGGUAUUGAUACAAGCCAUGGAGGAGAAACUAACUUGUCUCCAAAAAGGGAUGACGUAACACUACUACGACAAGAAGUUCAAGACUUGCAAGCUUCACUUAAGGAGGAGCGAUGGUACUCGGAAGAGCUGAAGAAAGAAUUAGAAAAAGUCCGAGGGCAGAGGCAGCAAGAAUCUAAACCUGAUGGACUGGCAACUGCUACAUCUACAGAAUUAGAAUCAUUAGAACAACAGCUAGAAGAGAGUCAAGUAGAAAACUUUAAUAUUAAGCAGAUGAAAGAUUUAUUUGAACAGAAAGCAGCACAACUGGCCACUGAAAUUGUGGAUUUUAAAGCCAAAUAUGAUGAAGAAAAGAGCCUUAGAGAAGCUGCAGAACAGAAAGUGGCCAAUUUGACCCAAGAGCUACAGAAAGAGAGAGGUGUAUGCGAAGAUUUAAAAACCGAGCUGCUUCAGAGGCCUGGGCUGGAAGAUGUUGCUGUAUUAAAGAAGGAGCUAGUCCAGGUUCAAACACUGAUGGACAAGAUGACUAUAGAGCGUGAACAAGAAUCUGAGAAAUGGAAGGAUGAGUGCAAGCACUUGCGAGCGGAAGGUGUGACGUCAGAGCUGUUGAUGGAUGCUCCGUCCUCUUCUUUGAUUCUAGAUACUGAAAAUCCCACAUCUCUUUAUUAUAUAAAGGAAAUAAUCCAAAUGUUGUUAACAGAAAAUGGGCUUAAGCAGGCUACUAUCAAUCAGUUAAGAGCUGAACUUGCCAAAGGACCACAAGAGGUUGCUGUGUAUGUGCAGGAGCUUCAGAAACUUCAAACUUCAGUUAACGAAUUAACACAGAAAAAUCAGAGCCUGGUAGAGAAGUUGAAAAAGAAGACAUUGGAUUACACUCAGUUAGAAGAAAGACAAAAUGAAGAAUCACUUAGUAAAAAGAAUCUGCAAGCAACCCUUAAUCAAAAGGACUUGGACUGUCAGCAGCUUCAGGCAAGGCUGUCUGCAUCUGAGGACUCCUUACAGAGGUUACAGAAAGAAUUGGGUGAAAGGGGAGAAGCAAGUCAGAAACUUAAGGAGGAAUUGUCAGAAGCUGAGGCCAAGUACCAGCAUCUAAAGGCAGAGUUCAAGCAGCUACAGCAACAAAGAGAGGAAAAAGAACAGCAUUCCCUGCAACUUCAAAAUGAGCUCAAUCAGUUGCACAAUAAACUUCUGGAGACAGAGCGUCAACUUGGGGAAGCACACGGCCGACUAAAAGAGCAGAGACAACUGUCUAGUGAAAAGCUGAUGGACAAGGAACAGCAGGUGGCUGACCUUCAGUUAAAACUUUCACGUGCUGAGGAGCAGCUAAAGGAGAAAGCAGCAAACGCAACUGAAUUGCAACAUCAGUUAGAUAAAAUGAAACAACAGCACCAAGAGCAACAGAAUCUUCAGCAAAGCACAACAGCAAAGUUACGAGAAGCCCAGAAUGAUUUGGAGCAAGUACUACGUCAGAUUGGUGAUAAGGAUCAAAAAAUCCAAAAUCUUGAAGCUCUGCUGCAGAAGAGCAAGGAGAAUAUCUCCUUGCUGGAAAAAGAGAGAGAGGACUUGUAUGCCAAAAUUCAAGCUGGUGAAGGAGAAACAGCCGUUCUUAACCAGCUGCAGGAAAAGAACCACACUUUGCAGGAGCAGGUAACUCAGCUGACAGAAAAAUUGAAAAACCAGUCAGAAAGUCAUAAACAGGCGCUAGAGAAUUUGCAUGAGCAGGUGCAGGAGCAGAAAGCACAUUUGAGAGCCUCUCAAGAUCGUGUUCUUUCCUUAGAAGCGACUAUAAAUGAACUAAAUAGUCAGCUAAGUGAAAGCAAAGAGAAAGUAAUGCAACUUGAUUUGCAGGUAAAAGCAAAGACAGAAUUGCUUCUCUCAGCAGAAGCAGCAAAAGCUGCUCAACGAGCAGACCUUCAGAAUCAUUUAGAUACUGCCCAGAAUGCAUUACAAGAUAAACAACAGGAGCUAAAUAAGGUCAGUACACAGUUGGAUCAGGUUACUGCUAAGUUGCAUGACAAACAAGAAUACUGUACCCAGCUGGAAGCCAAUCUUAAAGAGUACAAAGAAAAACAUCUUCAUUUAGAGCAGAAAACUGAAGAGCUGGAAGGUCAGAAUAAGAAACUUGAAGCUGACAUUCUUGAAGUUAUGGGAAGUAAAGAAAAAGCACUUCAAGAGCUACAGCAGCAAAGGCAGCAAUGUACAGACUUAAGCCUCAAAGCUGCAGAACUGACUAAACAACUAGAUGCAGAAAGAGAAAUAGUAUCUAGUACCAAAUCAGACCUACAGAAGAAAUUUGAUGCUCUCGAAGAAGCAAACCAACAGAUAUCAAAGCAAGAAGAAGAAAAUGCAAAACUGAAACUGGAAGUUGAAAAAUUACAUCAAGAUACAAGCAGACAUCACAAGGAAUUAGAUGGGAAGCUGCAAGCAGUGACAGGAGGUUUGCAGAAAAUGAAAGUGGAAAAAGAUACUUUAUUGAAGGAACUUGAAGUCCUGAAAGACAAACUGUCAAAAAGCACUGAAUCUUUGAAAGAAGCAAAAGAGGAAUUGGAAAAGGAGAAACAAAAAGGAAAGGCAGCAGUGGCAGAAAUAGAGAGAUCUUGUCAAGAAGCUAGACGUCAACUACAAGUACAGUCAGAAUCUAUUGCUAAAGAACAGAAUGAACUGAAGAAUUCACUGGAAAAACAGGAAGGGAUCUCCAAGCAAUUGGCAACAGAGCUUGAUUCAGCACGUGCACAAGUCCUGCAGAUGCAAGGUGUUUUGAAAGAAAAAGAAAAGAAUGAACAACAGCUCCAGUUGAAGGUGAAAGAGCUGAAGGAAUGUUUUGACCAGAAGAAAAAGCAAAAUGAAAUUCAGCAGGCGGAGUUAAAAACAGCUCUUUUAGAAAAGGCAGAACUAGAGAAUAAACUGCAGCAGCAGAUAACAUUGUCAGCACAAGAGCUUACAGCAGAGAAAGAAAAGACAGCAGAGCUGCAGAAGGCCCAUAAAAAAACUCAGGAGAAUAUGGAAAAACUCCAGUUGGAUAUUUAUGGUAAAGAAUCCGAGCUCUUGGCCACACGGCAGGACCUUAAGUCCACAGAGGAGAAGCUUGCUUUGGCUCAAGAGGAAUUGGUUUCAAACAGAAAUCAAAUUAGUAAUCACAAUCAGUUGAUCAAAGAACUAAAGACUGUGAGAUCUACACUGGAGCAGGAUUUAUCAAAAAAAGAACAGCAGCUGAAAGAGCAAGAGAAACAAUUACAAGAAACACAGAGAGACAAGGCUUUGAAAGAAAAAGACUUAGCUAAUGAAAAAUCCAGAACAAUAGAGCUCCAGAACAUAAGCAGCAAAUUGGAAAAAGACAAUUCCAAACUGAAGGAAGAGGUUAAGAGCUGCAAACAAGAAUUUGAGAAGGAGGUGGCAAAUCUAAAGGAUGCUAAGCAACUCCUGAUUCAACAGAAACUAGAACUACAGGAAAAAAUCAAUAACAUUAAUGCAGCUCUUGAGCAGGAGAAAAAGAAUCGGGCAAUUAUGAAAGAUCAGUUGGAAAAGAAAGAAGAAGAACUGAAGAAGAAAUGUGCUUCAGUUGAAGCAAAACUGCAAGCUGAGAUCAAGGGGAAAGAUGAGCAAUAUAAACGUCAUGAGGAGGCUGAGGGUAAGCUCAACAUGCAGAUCACAGCUCUGAAUGAAAAUCUGGGGACAGUGAAGAAAGAGUGGCAAAGCAGUCAAAGAAGGGUUGGUGAGCUAGAAAAGCAAACAGAUGAUCUGCGUGGAGAGAUUGCAGUACUGGAAGCCACAGUGCAGAACAACCAGGAUGAGAGGAGAGUGCUGCUGGAAAGGUGCCUUAAAAGUGAAGGAGAAAUUGAAAAACUUCAAAGCAAAUUGAUGGAUUCACGAAGAAAACUGGAUGAUACUACUGCAGCCAUGCAAGAGCUGGGCAGAGAGAAUCAGUCACUACAGAUCAAACAUACACAAGCCCUAAAUAGGAAAUGGGCAGAAGAUAAUGAGGUUCAGAAUUGCAUGGCCUGUGGGAAAGGUUUUUCUGUAACAGUAAGAAGGCACCACUGUAGGCAGUGUGGAAAUAUCUUCUGUGCUGAAUGCUCUGCAAAGAAUGCCUUAACUCCUUCUUCUAAGAAACCUGUUCGCGUCUGUGAUACGUGUUUCAACGAUUUACAAGGAUAACUACUCUCAGCUCUUAAGUGUUAUGCUAGAAUAAAAGUUUCUGUUAUGCACUUCGUACAACACUCAGACUACUGUUUGGUUUGGGCAAUGAUUGUAACAAUUGGCAAAAUUAUAUUACAGUUUACUUUAUACUGUUUUUUUAAAAAGUCAAACAAUCGUACUACUUGUUGAGGCUGAAGUUAUCUAUGUCUUAUUUGAUUUUGACCCUACAAGAGAUUCUGCGCUUAGUUUAAAAGACCCCAGUAGCCUGUAAAUAAAGUUUAAACAGAGGAGUAACAAUGUAUUUUUUUAAUCCUACUUUCUUUGUUCAAAAGUAACACCUUUUAAAGUAAACCUAUUUGCAGGGAUUUUGUGUAUCAUAUAUUGCUGCUGAAAUGGCAUAGUUACAAAUGAAUGGCUGCAUUUGACUGUGCAAGAAACGUAAUAGCCCCAAACAAGCAGCUUUCUUGCCUGUUUUUUUCCCCCUUCAUGUUGGGAAUUCCACUUCUGUGGUGUGUCCCUAGUGAGUGGGAAACUGCCUUGAGCUUUAAAAAAAAAAAUCAUGCUGUUUCCUGAUAGUGUCACUAUAUACUUCACUUGAAAAUGGGAAGCAAUGUCAAAACUAUAAUGUACACUUGACACCUCCUCUGCAAAUACUCCACAUCAUAUCAAAGGUACUUACAUGGAAUAAAUAAUCCUUAAUAUGCAAGUUCCAAUCCUUAAGCCUUUGAGGUAGGCCUGUGUUUUUACUCCACCCUCCCGGGCUCUUGUGCUUGCUUACUUUUCUGUGUAUUUCUAAGAAUACUGCCCCCCCCCCCCGUUUCCUCUCUUCAUCAAUAGGAAACAUUUCAUGAAUGAUCCAGGAAAAUAUGUACAAGAAGUGCUAGGAUUCCAAAGUAACUCAUUAGGAAAGUAAUUAGUUAUCUUGAUGUUCCGGCAUUUUCAGUGUAUAUUCUUAUCUCUUGUUUCUCAGUUCUUGCUAGAGGUUUUCUUGUCUCCCGACAGAUUUGGAGUGAAAUGCCUGACUUUUUUAAACAAGCAGUUUUAAAGCUUUUAGGGAAACCAAGAUUCUACACCAAUCCCUUUUGCUUUAACUAAAUUGGUUUAAUGAGAUACAUAUCAAUCAUGGGUUUUACAUUACAGUGGUUUCAUGUUUAGGUAACACAUAUCCUCCAUUUUACUAAAUAUUUUCUUCUUUUGGUUGAAAGAGAUGAAAUAAUACAUCCAUGCACACUCUUUGUUGAAACAUUAUGAUUACCUGAAAAAAAGUAGGAUUAGUGAAAUAGAAAACACAAUUUAAAUAGAACCCUUCUGGAUUUUUGAUCUAUUUAAAAUGCCAUGUAGUUUUCCUUGACCAUUUGUUCACAUGAGAGAAGUGAUCCCUGCAAGCAAAGACAUUGCAGACUGAGAAACCAGACUACAUUUUAUUUGUAUUGUAGCUUGGGUAGGCGGUGGGGUGCGCGGAGUUACCCUUAAGGACAAUUUGGGUGUUACUUUCUCCUAAAAUAUGAGAGCUGGGAUGAUAGAAGCAAACAGUUGAACAAGAUCUAACAUAUUAUGGAUAGACAUGGACAGUGAUGCCUCUAACUAAAAAAGUUUAACAAGCAGCAGUACUGGCAAGGACUUUUUUGCCCAUGUUCUUGGAGACCUGUGGCCAGUCAGAGUAACACAAUACUGGGCUGGAACAUCUUGGUCCUAGAACAUCUUCUUGGUCCUAGAACAUCUUCAUAUAUGUCCAUAAAGCUUCAUAUGUUUGUAAAUGUCCAUGUGGUACAAAUAUGAUGCAUUGCAGGCCUCCUGAGUUUUGCAUACCUGAUUUACAUCUGACUGUUCAUAUGUUCUGUACAGGUGGACUUCGUUAUCUGUGCGGGGUUCUGUUCUUGGCCGGAACCAAGAUAAUGCAGAUAAUGAGACACUGAGUGAAUGGAAAUUGUGGGGGGGGGGUAGACUCCUGGAGGGCAAAAAGGGCAACACAUACUUCAAAGGGCAGAAACAAGUGAAUAACAUGCCAUGCCAUGCUCUCUAGGUUUCCAGCUGUCCAGCAAGGUCCCGGAACCCCCAAUUUGGCCGAUUUUCCGCAAAAAAAUGUUUAAAAAAUGUUUUUAGGAAAGAGCCACAAAAUGGCUUUGCUUAGCAAAAUGGUGUCAAGAAAUGACCUUGGAAGUAGUUUCUGGCCACUCUGAUACUGCAGAUAUGCUAAAUUUAACCCUUUGUUGAACUGCGUAUAAUGAGGUCGGGUCUCCAUUACCAAACUGCAGAUACGUGAAUUCUUGGUUGUCGGGACUCCAUGCAAAUUUUGAGGUCCACCUGUAUACAGCUGUUUCCCCCUCUCUGCUUCAUUUGUGUCUUUUAAAAAUGGGGUUGAGAAAAGUAAUGUCCAAAACAAUCUUCAAGAGAACUGGAAAUUUUUGGAGCAGUUGUCUGUUUAAAGAACUCUUAGUUCUUUAAUCAUAUAGAUCUUAAUUGAUUAAGCAAUUAAAUCUGCAAACAUUUGCAUAUGAAAAAGUGUACUACUUCAGGAAAAAAGUAUGCUUUGUUUUUAGAGAAGCUCACAUACAUUGUAGGAGGCAGCAUUUCAGGAAAAAAAACAUUCCCUCCUGCAUGUGGGAGAAGGGGGAACACUUCUGCUAAGGUGUUUCUUCCACCCACAUUUCUUGUAAGCACAUGUAUUAAUUUUUUUAACCUGCUACCUGAUUAAUCAGGCUUUUUAAUCAAUUAAAAGUAUUGAAUUGAUUUAAUUAAUCAACUACACAACACAGCCCUAGAAAUUAUAUACAUAUGUAUUUGAAGAAAGGAAAACCCAUCUUGUCCAGAGGAAGAGCAUGAGGGUCUCUCUAGUAAUGCUACAGUUUGGAAAUUUGAACUACUACAGUGGAAACCCAAGAAAGCCUCAGGAAGGGUAAGAAAUAGCAUUUGUUACUUGCACUAUGCACUUUUCUUUCUAGUAUAUCCAACAUAAUAUGCAAGAGAUGAAACAACUAUUUUGCAAGAACUGAUGUAGUAAUUGGUCCACAAAGGUAUAUUGGUUAGAUAAGUGCUCAUUGAAAUUCAUACUUAACUUCCUUUUGGUGCUUAGGAACAUUGCAUUCAUGUUCAUAUAAUUCCUAUGCACUCCAGGGGACAUAGGUAUAGCAAAGGAAUUUUCAUGUUAUUUAACAAACAUUGUUUGAUUUUGAGAAUUAAAAAAUAUGGACAUAGCAAUUUUGCACAUUUUGCAUUGCUAGUUAAAUGGUUUUUGUUAAUGUACAAGUUCUUGUUAUUGAGUAUUAAACUACACUAGAAUUUACUGGAUGGUCUGCUUUCCAGACCAUAGCAAUAAAUAGAGAGGAAACCACCUACCUAAGAGCAUUUGUAUUUGUGUUUGCAUUCUGUUGCGAAUGGCUAAGAUGCUUAAAAGAAGUAUACGGUUAAAACAUUUAUAGUCGCCACUUAAGAACUCAUAGAAUAAGUAAAAACUUCUAGUUCUCAGCAUUGACGGUUUAUGCCUCAGUUCAUGAAAUGACACAAUGUUCUAUGCAGUCAUUGUACACAUUGUACAACAGGUACAUGGGAAGACGGGAUUAAGUACAAAAUGCUUCAUGUGUCGAAACUAAUAGUUUUAUCUCUUGUGUACUGAUUAACGCAACACGUCAGUGGAGGUUUCUUUCUUAGUAGUCAUCCUCUCAUCACCUCCCAUGUGAAUAUGUUUUACUACUGGCAUUCUUCCAAAUUUCUAAAUAGAUUGUUGUUGAUUCUAGUGACAGACGUGGUGUGGCAGGUCCAAGUCUCCUGUUGGCUGUCAUGCAACUUACUUCUAUCAUGUUGUUAAAUCCCAACUUUCAGCACCAAAGGGAUAAGAAAAGAAUGUCACCUUGGAUUAGCAAACACAGAAAUCUUUUUAUAGUAGAAAUCUAUCCAAAAUGCUGCUUGUAUAGGAUUUGUCACUUUUGUAAUAAAACCAUUUUAAAAAAAUGACAAAAAACUCCAAUCUGACACUUGAUGCCACUAUAUAAGAUUUCAUUUAAUCUACCUCUUGAUAUGAAAUUCAACUUUAGUCCAUUUUGAUAGGGUCUCCUCACUAUAAUGCAAGGUAUAACUUGUGGUGAUUGCCAAAUUUGCAAGUGUUUCGUCUCACCAAAUAUGAAAUAUUUGGAUAUGUAUGGUUAUGAUGUAGUUUCAAAUUAUGGUAGACCCCACUUGUGCUCUUUUGGCCUCUGUAGUUUAGAUCUAAAAACUUGUAGCUUUCGGACAGGGAUUAAAUUGUCAAUGCAUACUGUCCUAGUUAUAUUCUGUUGGACUAUAUCAGCUGUAUCUGUCAUGUUGGCAACUGGCUACUGUUCACAUUAUUGUGCCAUUAAAUUAGCUUUUUUCCAAAACUCUUGACAAGACAUUAAAUAAAAUGCUAUAAUGGAUGUGUGCCACAAAUUGUACUGUCCUGUUGGCCUCUUUUCAACGAUUGGUUUAUUAUGGUUGCAGAUGUGAAUAUUAUGCAUAAUAUUUACUGAAUUUUCUGUAUAAUUGUAUAAACUAGAAUUGGGAAAUUUCUGUGCUUAUAUUUACAGGAAGUGUAUUAAGGUAGCCUUACCUCCAUAACACUGCACUCCCCUGGCCCACCCCACCCAAACUGGAUCUUUACACUCACAUUAUCUGUAGAUAGUCUUGCAUGACCAUUUUUAUCAGUUGGAUUCUCUUAAGUCCUCCUUUCAGUGGUGUGUUUAUGACUUGUCAACAUGUAGUUGUGCCUUACAUUGUGAAAGAGUUUAGCUCAGUAUGCACUGUAAUCCCUAAACUCUGCAUUUGGAAAGUAAUGAAAGCUGGGGGCCCAGAAAAUGACACCAUACAUUUAAUUCUGUAUGAAACACAUGAGUGGAUGUUUGUGGAAAUGUUACUUUUGUAUUCUAAUCUGUUAUUGGGCUGAAAAUAAAAUUAGACAUUUCUAAUAGA